UAGGGCGACGGAGACUGAAGCGACGCUGCGGCCGCCGUUUCACACUGAGAAGUACUACACGGAAGCAGGAUUGUUGUUGAGUGAGCAGGAGUGUGAACGAGUUCAAAAAGAACUCAGUCGCAGAGAGACAGACAGUGGCAAUGAUAGUACGAUUCUUGUCUGCAAUCCAAACUGCAUAAACGUAUUUGAAAAGCUGGAAAAAGAAAAUAACAAGAGAGAGUAAUCUGCCAUUUACUUCAACAUUUAGAUGGAUGUGAAAGAGGAGAUGUGUGAGGCUGACACGAAUAUCAUGGAGCAAAGGACCAUAAACGUUAAGGAGGAGGACUGUAAAUGGGAGAGUGUCCACCCUAAACAGGAAAGUAUGGGCAUUAAGGAAGAGGACGGUGAAGUGGGGUCAGUGAGUAUUAAAGAGGAGGUUGAAGAGAAGUGUGUCAGCACUGAAAUGCACAACUAUAGAAGUUUGGAAAGUGUCAAGGAAGAUGACCUUUAUUAUGGUGUAGUGACCGGGUUAGUCCCUUCACAAAGCAGACCCUCUUCAUCGCCAGAAUCUUCUGUUAAUGUAAAAUUUGAAUCAUUACAGUCUAACACAAAGGGCACUGAAGACAUUUUCUCACCUAGAACUCAGGAAGGUCAGUCACCACCUACAGCAUCAACUAAAACAAGAAUCAAACUUCACAGCUGUUCUGAAUGUGGCAAACAAUUUUCUGGCAUGAGUAAACUCCAGCGCCACCAAAGAAUUCACACAGGGGAGAAGCAGUUUGACUGUAAUAAAUGUGGAAAACACUUUGCAAAAAGAUGCAAUCUUCAGAGCCACCAAAGAAUUCACACAGGAGAGAAGCCGUAUUGCUGUUCUGAAUGUGGAAAACAAUUCUCUCACAGAAGUACUCUUCAGAAACACAUUAAAACUCACACAGGAGAGAAGCCACAUUGCUGUUCUGAGUGUGGAAAAAAAUUUUCACGGCGAAGCCAUCUUCAGAACCACCAAAGACUUCACACAGGUGAGAAGCCAUAUUGCUGCACUGAAUGUGGAAGGGCAUUCUCUCAUAGUAGUACUCUUCUGACACAUAUUAAAACUCACACAAGAGAGAAGCUGUAUUGUUGUUCUGAAUGUGGCAAAAAUUUUUCACGGAGAAGCAAACUUCAGAGACACAUAAGAAUUCACACAGGGGAGAAGCCAUAUUACUGUACUGAAUGUGGUAAACAGUUCCAACACAGUAAUAGUCUUCUGAGGCACAUUAAAGCUCACUCAGGAGAGAAGCCAUAUUGCUGUUCUGAAUGUGGCAAGCGGUUUUCACGAAAAAACAGCAUUUAUUCUCACAAAAGAAUUCACACAGGAGAGAAGCCGUAUUGCUGUUCUGAAUGUGGUAAACAGUUUUCACGUAGAGACAAUCUUGAGCGCCACAAAAGAAUUCACACAAGAGGUGGGUUUGGAUUAGAAAGACGCACCAAAAUAACAUUCAUUAAUGGAAAAUUGAAAUCAACCUUGUUGAAGGUUAUCCAAUAAGAGAACUUGACCAAGGGGACACUUAAGAAGUACAUAGGAACUGACAAGAGUGCAGAUAUAAGCCAUAAAGAGAAGAUAUUGAAGACCAGCAGUGAAUACACAAGAAGGGUAAAAAUGAGCCUUAGAAGGUCCAUGACAGCGAGGAACAAAAUACAAGCAGUUAAUCAGCUAGUUAAACAAGUCAUGUCAUACAGCUUUGGGAUCAAAGACUGGCCACAAAAAGACCUCAAUAGUCUGCAUAUAAAAACAAAGUUGCUUCAUGCCAACUGACUGAUAUACAAAAACAAUGCAUGCCAAGGCUUUACGUUCCUAGCGCAGGAAGAGAAAUGCGCCAAAUGGAAGAAGAUUGCAUAGACAGAUCUUUAAUCAUAGGACUGCAGACAUUCCUUCUCCGCUCACAGGAUUACCACAUUUGUAAAAUAUCACAGUCUCAAUUGGAAAGCCAAGAUCAACUUUUAUCAUAAAGCUUUGUUAAACAAUUCACAAAACUAAAGCAAAAUCCCCCGAAGAUUUUCCCAGUGUGGCGUGACAUAAUUUUGUGAAAAAUAAAAAAGAA